AGCACAUGUUUCCUAGAAGAAAAGUACAUUCAUAAAUAGUUUCAUUAUUUGGUUCCUUUCUCUAUGAAAGUACCACUACAGUAAGACAAACAGGGGCAUUCUGUGAAGUUCCAAAUAGUGAGUGAUGCAAAAGAGUUGGAUAGAGUCUGAACUCUGAAGCAAUCUAUAUAGUUCAUGAGACUGCAUGUGUGGUCUAUAUAAAGACCUACUACUUUUGAAAGAGAGAUAGAGAUUGAGAACCACUCAACCACACAACACAAACCUCUCCCCUUUCUCUCUCUCUGUCUCCUUUGUUAUCUUUUUUCCUUAACAUAGAUAGCAAGGAUAAAAGAUUAAAGAGAAAAACACCAGCAUUUCUCUUUUGAGAAUUUGACCACCUUGAUUUCAUGUCUAAGCCAAGGACUUUCACAAGAUAACACCCUAGCACUUCAAUCCUCACCAACCAACCCUGAAUUGCCACUUGUCAACUACCACCACACAACCACCACACAAACCCACCUCCAUCUCCAUGCACGUGAAGGAAUAGAGAAGAAACCCUAAUACUGGUGCUCUUAAUUUCUUUCCUUCCUUCUUCUACUAGCCAUGAAGGCAGAACUCAGGAGCAACUCUACCAAAAUAUCUCUUCCUAAUCCUAACCUUUUCCAAAACCAGAGGGGCUCCUCCUCCCUCUCUGGUACCCUUAGAGGAACACUUGGAAGUUUGGAUGGAGCUUGCAUAGAAAAACUUCUCCUCCAUUGUGCAUGUGCUCUUGAGAGCAGUGAUGUAACUUUAGCUCAACAAGUCAUGUGGGUGCUCAACAACAUAGCUUCCUCAAAUGGAGACCCUAAUCAAAGACUCACCUCUUGGUUCCUCAGAGCCUUUAUCUUUAGAGCUUCAAGGCUUUGUCCUACUGCAAUGAGUUUCCAAAGCAAUACAACAUCCCUAACCUCUUCUCGCCCGAUGUCGGUCACCGAGUUUGCUGGCUAUGUUGAUCUAACUCCAUGGCAUCGUUUUGGCUUUUGUGCAUCAAAUGGAGCUAUCUAUAAGGCCAUUGAGGGCCAUUCCAAGGUUCAUAUCUUAGACUUGAGUAUAACUCAUUGCAUGCAAUGGCCUACACUUAUCGAUGCUCUUGCGAAGAGGCCGGAAGGUGCUCCCUUUCUCCGUAUCACCGUCCCUUCCACAAGGCCACCGGUUCCACCCUUGCUCAAUGUUUCCAUUGAAGAAGUUGGUCUCCGGUUAGCUAAUUUUGCAAGGUCCAGAGAUGUUCCCUUUGAGUUUAAUGCCCUAAAGUGUUCUGAUUCCAAUGCUCCGAAUGCUUUUGAGAACCUGAUCUCUAGCUUCUACCAAGAAUUAACAGUACUGAACCAGCUGAGUCCUUCCUCAAUUGUACUAAGAGAAGAUGAAACACUUAUUGUUAACUGUCAGAGCUGGCUUAGAUAUUUGCCUGAAGAAAGUCAAGAAGCAAAUUCUUGCAAACCAUCUACUAAAGAUGGGUUCUUGCAACUCAUCCGUGGGCUCAAUCCUCACAUCAUCACAGUCACCGAUGAAUACUGUGACUUGGACUCACCCAGCCUUGCUGCAAGAACCAUGGCUUGCUUCAACUAUCUAUGGAUACCAUUUGAUACACUUGAGACAUUCCUCCCGAAGGACAGCCCUCAGAGAAUGGACUACGAGGCCGAUAUCGGACAAAAGAUCGAAAACAUUAUCGGCUUUGAGGGAGCUCAAAGAAUAGAAAGGCCAGAGUCCGGGGCAAGGUUGGCGAGAAGAAUGAAGAAAGCCAACUUCAGUAGUGUUUCAUUCUCUGAGAAGACAGUGAAGGAGGUGAAAUUCAUUCUGGAUGAGCAUGCAAGUGGAUGGGGGAUGAAGAAGGAGGAAGACAUGUUGGUUCUCACAUGGAAAGGUCAUAGCUCAGUGUUCACCACAGCUUGGGUCCCAAAUGGAUGUAAUGAAUGAGAAAAGAACUUGGUUGAUUUGUAGGGGUGGUCCUUAGGAAGAGUGAGGCCAAAACAAGGGUUGUCUUUUUCCCUGUGGGGAAGGGAGUGUAAGACAAGAAGGGAAAACGGCUGUGGAUUUGGUUGCAUGUGUUGAAGCCAGCUUGUAGUGUGGGAGUUGAUUCUUUUAAAGAUAAACAUACGUGAAAUGCAAUUGCAUGAUUGGCAGGAGAGGAAUUGUACGUUUUGUUAUGGCUGUGCUUGUCAAUGACUCAAUGGUUAACUUAAUUGAGUUCCUCUCUCUUUGAUUUUUAUUUUUUUAAAUUUAAUAAUAUUUUUU